AAGAAAAAAGGGUGAUGUCACUGCCUCUUGAUGGCAGCCAAUCAGAGGAGGGGAGAGGCAGCAAGGGAGCCAGGAGAGGGUGUGUUUUCCUCGCGCUGCAGCAUCAGCAGUGAAGAGAGGCCACAAUCAAUCUGACACAGAGCAAGAGACACAAGAACCUUCAGGGACAGAUAAAACAACAGAGUUGCCAGAGGAGGACGGAAACCUAAAGCCGUUUUAAACCUGCGGAGUAAGUGUGCAUCAGGAGGGUGUGGACCCGAGAGAGACAUACAGGAAGAAGGAACCGUGAAGAGUGCUCUACUCUGAUUGGGAUAAUCUUGAGAAUUUUCUGGCCCGUUGUGUUUGUGCCUGCCAGCAGGUGUAAUGCCUGCCACGUCACAACAGCAGGUGGGCAGCAGGGGGCGAUGUGCUGCUCUCCUGCUCCCUCUCCUCCUGCUGUCUGUGGCUCCAAGGCCCGGGGACACCAUGAUCAACAUCCCAUCCAAAUACAAAAUAAGAGACUUGAAAAGCCCCCCAGUGAUUACCGCCCAGCCAGAGUCAGUCACCACCUUCUCAGCAGAUGACAUCACACUCACCUGUGAGGCAACUGGGAAUCCCCCACCCACGUUCCGCUGGGUGAGAGAUGGUGUGGAGUUUGACCCCUCUAAAGACCCUGACCUCUCAGUGUCCAGAGAUUCUGGGACCUUCUCGUUGACAGCCAAGGAUGGACCCAUCCACCAAUACCAGGGCAGAUAUAACUGCUACGCAUCUAACGAGCUCGGCACGGCGGUGUCUAACGAGGCUCGUAUUGUCACAGAGAACACUCCCACUCUACAGAAGGAGAAGAAGGUGAUAAAGAAGGUGGAGGAAGGAGAGAGUGUGGUGCUUCCCUGUAAUCCUCCUAACAGCACCGUGGCCCCGGUCAUCCACUGGAUGGACAAAAGGCUGCGGCACAUUCAGCAAAACGAGCGUGUGAUUCAGGGUCGCGAUGGAAACUUGUACUUCUCUCAUGUGAUUGCGGCAGACAGCCGAGAAGACUACACCUGCAACACUCAGUUCCCCAGCGCACGCAUCAUCGUGCUCAAAGAGCCCAUCAAACUCACUGUUGUCCCCUCUAACUCGGUGCGUAACAGAAGGCCUCAAAUGAUGCGACCCACUGGCUCCCACAGCUCCUACCUGGUGCUCAGUGGCCAAAGUCUAGAUCUGGAAUGCAUUGUUCAGGGCCUGCCCGCUCCCAGUAUCCAGUGGAUCAGGAAAGAUGGAGUUCUGUCUGAGUCACGCACCUCCAAUGACAAUUAUAACAGAGUUCUGCGUUUUAUGAAAAUCUCAGAGUCUGACGGCGGCGAGUACCAGUGUACCGCCACGAAUGUGCAAGGCAUGAUAACUCACACCUACAGCAUCACUGUGGAAGCUGCCCCAUAUUGGACUAAAGAACCAAAGAGCCAGCUGUACGCCCCAGGAGAGACGGUCAAACUGGAAUGUGAGGCUGAUGGCAUUCCAAGCCCUGAGGUCACCUGGAGCAUCAACGGCAAUCUUCUUACUGAUAUUGACCCAGACCCUCGACGCAGCCUGAAACAUGGUGUUCUCACUCUGAAGAAUGUGGAACUCGGCGACACUGCGGUGUAUCAGUGUAAAGCUGCCAAUAAGCACGGAUCUAUCCUCAUCAAUGCCUACGUCUAUGUUAUAGAACUGCCUCCCCAGAUUCUGACAGAAGACGGUCUCCUGUACUCUGUGGCAGAGGGACAGACGAUUGAUCUGGCUUGCGAGACCUUUGGCUCUCCUCAGCCCAAUGUCACAUGGGAGGGUGAGUCCUGGGGCGCACUUAUAGCCAACCCAAGGAUGAGUCAGUUAUCCGAUGGCUCUCUACAGAUCAGAAACGCCUCCCGUAAUGACAGCAGCCAGUACACCUGCACUGUCAGCAACAGCAAAAUCACCAUCACCGCUGAGCUGGAUGUACUCAAUAAGACAGUGAUUGUGAAACCUCCGUUGGCUCUGCGGAUUCAGCAGGGGCAGUCAGCGACCCUAACCUGUGAGUACCAGGUGGACUCCAGGCAGGUUUCCCCUCAAAUCCAGUGGAGGAAGAACCGACAGAAGCUCACAGAGUCCUCUGAUUCAGACAACUACGUGAUAGAUGAAUCCACCCUCAUAAUACCUGAUGUUGAAGAAGAGGAUGAAGGGAUUUACACCUGUGAAGUCAUUACCACUCUGGAUAUGGCAGAAGCGAGUGGCUCCAUCACUAUCGUUGACCGACCAGACCCUCCGACCCAAAUACAGAUGACCGAACCUAAAGAACGCAGUGUCACACUUAGCUGGACACCUGGAGAGGAUCACAACAGCCCUGUGCUAGAGUAUUUGAUCGAGUUUGAGGAGACGGGAUCUGAAAGAAAGGAAUGGGAGGAGCUAAGCCGCGUGUCUGGCAGCAUUCAGCGAACUACCCUUCCCUUGAAGCCCUUCAUUUCUUACCGCUUCCGAGUCAUCGCCAUCAAUGACAUCGGCAAGAGUGACCCGAGCAAGGAAACGGAGGCCUAUUCCACACCAGCUGCUCCUCCAGACAGCAACCCUGAAGGAGUGCGCAGUGAUUCCAUCGACCCAGGCACCCUUGUCAUCACAUGGAAGGAGUUGGACAGGCGGAGUUUCAACGGCCCAGAUUUUCGCUAUAAAGUGAUGUGGAGGAAAGUUUUGGGCAGCGGUCCGUCCUGGCACACCAAAUACAUCACCUCUCCACCCUUCAUCGUCACAGAUGUGGGCAACUUCUCUGCCUUUGACAUUAAAGUGCAAGCUGUUAAUGAGAUGGGAGAAGGUCCAGAGCCCAAAUCCGCCAUUGGAUACUCAGGAGAGGACUACCCUCUGGAGGCCCCUCUGGAUGUGGGAGUGGUUCUGAUCAACAGCACUGCUAUUAAAGUCACAUGGGCGCCCGUGAACAAAGAAACUGUAAGGGGCCGUCUGCAGGGUUACAAGAUUUAUCUGCUGCACUUUGGCCCAGAAAGCAGACACCUCAGACGGGAGCGUGUUAGGGAGGGGAAGCCGACAAACACCUCAGUUGUGACGACGGACAGUAAUGAGGAGAAGAAGAUUCUGGGAGAUUUGCAGCCCUACUCCCAUUACGCACUGGCUGUAAGUGUCUUUAAUUAUAAAGGAGAAGGACCCCAGUCUGAGCCCCUCACUUUCCACACUCCAGAAGGAGUACCUGGUCCUCCAUCAUCUUUACUUCUGGAAAGCCCAUCAGAGACAGAAAUGAUACUGCGUUGGACUCCACCCAUCCAGCCGAAUGGAGUCCUACAUGGAUACAUAUUACAGUAUCAGCAAAUUGAUAAUGAAAACAGUCUUAUGCAGGUAGAAAAGAUUAGUGACCAUGCCAAGAAUCACUUCACGUUAAAGCUGGACCCUCGCAGCCGUUACCGCUUCUACCUGCGGGGAUACACGGCUGCUGGAGAAGGACUGCCAAUCAUUAGGGAGGGAGCUACCACACUGGAUGGAGGUCCACCCUCCAACAUUAGCUUAUCGAUUGGAGAGACAUCCGUCAACCUGACCUGGGUGUCGAAAGAAAGACAGCGGAACGUGGGAUUCCUUAUUCAUUACCUGAGAGGGGAUGGCAAAGGCAAAUGGAAGCACUCUGAAAAAGUAAACAGCUCUCAGUCUUUCUACACGCUGCAGGGGCUCCAGCCCGGAUCCCAGUACCACCUGCGGAUUGACUUAGGAAACAAGACUAUAUGGACGGAUAAGAUUCAGACAGCUGGAACAUUAGUCAUGGAGAAACGUGAUGGGUUUGUGACUGAAAGCUGGUUCAUUGGACUCAUCAGCGCCCUUGUGUUGUUGCUGCUGGUACUGCUCAUUCUCUGUUUCAUAAAACGAAGCAAAGGUGGAAAAUACUCAGUUAAAGAGAAAGAAGAAGGCCAGAUAGAUUCUGAAGCUCGGCCGAUGAAUAAUGAGGCUUUUGGAGAGUACAGAUCUCUGGAGAGUGACAUCGAGGAGAAGCGAACGGCCAGUCAGCCGUCUCUGUGUGAGGACAGUAAACUAUGUACCGACGAUGCUCUAGACGACUAUGCCAACAGCAACAGCGUGCAGACCGAGAUCCUCAUGGACGAGUCGCUGGCCAGUCAGAGCAGCGGCAUCCGAGAUGUUCCUGAAACUCAGGAAAGUUCCCCUCUAAAUCCUGCCACAGCCAUCUCCCACCUCGGCCUGCCCAACUCCGCCGCCUUCCUUGACUAGCCGGGCGAGCCCAAGACCAAACGUGGAUUCACACAUGUGCCCACCUGUUGCAACCGCUCAUGAUUAACCAAAUAAUCGAAAACCCACAAUAAUGAGACCUACACACACAACAGAUGCCAAGAAAACCUACCAGAGCCACUGCUGGAACUUACUUCAGACGUAAUUGGACCAACACAACACUUUUAACACAGCCAGAGGAAAACAUUCGACAGACAUAUAACAAAUAGACUGCCAUGCUCGUUGUUUACAGAUAUUAUCUCUCAUUUUGCGAUAUAAAAUAGGCUAUAGCAGUUUACAGUUAUACAGACGUGACAAGAACAUCUCCAGAAGAGACUUCUUUGAUAAUCCGGUGAAAAAUAAAGCAUACGCUGAGCUCCUGUGGCAGAUGCCAAAUCAAACAUGGAGUCGGAUUCACCUGUUAGUCAAUAAAGAAGCGUUGUGGAAGAAGGGUGUGAGAGAGAAGAGAGAAGCUGAGGGCCUUAAUCGAAGUUUAAUCAACUUAUUGUGUUUUUGUGAGUCUCUACCAUUCUGUUUAUUCUUUGAAGACUUGCCUGAACCAUUUUUAUAAUUAAUUUUUUAUUAUUAAUUUAUUUUUUUAUGCAAGAAUCACUUUUGUGUCAUGUUUUAAAGGUGCUGUAAGCAAUGUUAGCUAUCAAGAAACUUUUAAGUCUUAGCCACUGACUUAGACACGCCCCCUUUUCCAAAACCCCACCCUAUAAAGAUUAGCACGGUUAGCAUGGACCCAUUAGCCCCUGCUGGUAGAUGCCAUUGUUGUGCCGAAUUUCGACACUCUGCCAGAUUAUUAUUGGUAGGUUUAGGAGUAGGUGUGGGGGAGGGGUUAGGAUUUAGGGUGGGGUUAAGAUUAGGCGAUCAGGUAGCGACUUCAGCGAGGGGGGUAAUAAUUUGGCAAAGGGGCCAAAAUUCGGCACAACACCGUAUGCAACUAAAAACAUCUUUCUCCAUCAAAAUUCGCAAUGUAUUUGGACAGAAUCAUUUUUUUGCCAACUCACAAAAAAUGUGUUAUAUUAUAGUAGAUCUUAUAGUAGUUUCUCUCUGGCUCUUAAAGUCAGCAUGAAAGGGAAAUUAACCCAUUUAUUUCAAAGACUAUAGAAUAACACAAGACGCGUCACUCUUAUUGUUUUGAAUGGGAGAAAGUGCAACGCGCAAUAUGGCGGAAUAUCCCGCCUUCUAAAUAAGAGCCAAUCGCCGAUUGGUAAAGUCAUCGCGUCACCGCAGCGACCGUUAGAAGCUCCGGUUCUUAUAGAAACAGUCAGACGUGCGCCUCCGAAAUGAGACACAAGAGACGCGCACUUAGGACUGCACAUGCGCAUUAGCUUGAUCCAGCCUGAAAAAUACAGUUUUUAGUCAUGAUUUGAGCGUUUAGAAGAGGCAGAUUUCAUUGGUGAUUUCAAAUAUGAAAUUUAUUCGAAAGCUUGACAAACAGCUUUGGAGAAUUUGAUGUUUCCCCAAUCAAAAAGAUAGGAGCUGCACUUGAAUCCCCGAGAGGCGUUUCAAAGACUUGUCAUAAAGGGACUUUGUUUAUUUUCAAAAUGCCUGUUACUGAUCUUAUUGUGAAUGAUUCAUCCAUGCAUACGUUUCUUCCGGUGAAACAGCCUUUUAGUCCGCCUAAACCCCGCCCCUUACUUACAAUCAACUGCAGAUAGAACCAAUUCCCCACCCUACCUUUUUUUUAUCAUUCCAUAAAACUUGCUUAUGGCACCUUUAAGUCAUCUGUACAUUGAUUUGUUGUAAUAUUAUCAUGAUUCAAUAGAAGAUACAUAUCGGCAUCCCCUCGGUUACAAUUAUAGAGUUCCGUACUGUAAAUACAUGAGAUGCAAUGACUCUACGACAUAAGAUCGUUUAUAGCAAGCUGUACAUAUAAGCAUCUAUCAAUUUAGCCAAAUACAGUAUUAAUAAUCUCUUUCAUCUCCAUCGGUUCCUGUGCCUGCCUACAUCAACAUCACCACCACCAUCUCUCAUAUUUAUUUCUCCCUCUCUCUAUGUGUCUGUGUUUUUAAUCCUUGUUUUCUGCAUUGUAUUAAACUGUAUUGAUCGAUUCUCUCUUGCAGUCCUGUUGGUGUAAAGCCAUAAGAAUACACACGCAAGGUGCGUAGUUUUGAGGUCGUAUUGAGUUAGAUAGGGUUGUGAGAGAGUACGUCACACUCACAGUUUAGUUUGGUUACGUAAAAUGCAAUCAUGUAUUGGCUUGUGUCUUAUUACACAGAAUGUAUGCUUUGUUUGGGUGGGAAUUGUUCCAUACCAGUAUACCAAAUAGCAUUUGUUCUCUUUUUUGCUUUUUGGUUCAUUUGAUUUGACAAUUGAUAAACAAAUAUAGCAGAAUAUAGCACUGAGAGAAUCUAUGGCACAUCUGGUAUUUCUCAAGAGAGGGGCACAGGGAAAAAAAAACUCUUAAUUUCCAGAUGAAUGUAAAUAUAGCCCAAAAGAUUGUUUGUUAUGAUGUUGAAAACUACGUGUCUUGUUGAUUGUUUUAGGUUUUGAAAUUUUGAGUUUUGUAAGUUUUUUUAACUUUAAAGUAACUUGUUAGUUGUGAUUUGAGUGUGGUAGAUGAGUAGUGCAUAGUUUUAAAAAACUAAGAAAAAGUCCUUUGAUAAAUAAAUGUUGCAGGUUCUGAUAAAAAAAAAAAAAGCUGAUUGGAUAAAAGAGACAAAAAAAAGCUAAUUGAAGCUACAGGCAAAACAUGAUUGCGCUUAUAGUUUCCCCGAGUGCUGAAGAAUGGCAGUAUUGUGCGUAUCUGAUUAGAAUCUAUCGCUGCAGAGGAGGUGCGAGAGGAAGGACGCAGUCAUCUUAUUUUGCACACUGCACACACACACACACACACACUUCCAGGGAGCAAUAGAUGCGUGCUGACUCAGAUCUUUGAGACCACUGUCUUGCGGCGGGCUUUUGCAGUGUUUCCCAGCCCUCUGGGAUAGCUGUGGGGGCCAGACUGCUCAAACUGUGUUAGCCUCCCUCACAAAAGCUGUACAGACACACUCAGGACAAAAGUCUCUUAGAGAUCUAUUUUCUUACAAGAGGGGGAAGUGAUGCAAAUUAUAUUCAACUCAAUAUUCAACUGAACUGCUGCUAGACGACUUGUGUAUUUUGUCAGUGUCUUGACUGUGUAUUGAGCUCGGAGGCGAAUCGACUCGGAUAUCCACUAUACUGCCCUCUGCUACUGCAAGUAAAACUGGGUGGGAGGGCACAAUUUAAAGCUUGACUAGCAAACGAACGUUGCCGUUUCUGUUGUUACUUGUCAAACGUACGCAUUCAAGCUCAUAAUGCAUCUUAAACUGUAGGCUUAAUGCAUAAAUAAGCUUGACAUAAUAGUCUCUUAUUCCUCUUGUAUGUUCUGUUUGUUACUGCAUAUGAUGUUAAAAUAAAUGAAGGACCAGAUGAAUGAGGCUGUGGGACUGUAUUGGUCACAUUCCCCUGUGGUGUUUGUGGACUGAAGGGGUCAGUAAGGGUGGGAUAUGUUAACUAGAUAUGAACUGGAUUUUGCUAUUGUAUCUGCAUUACCAAUCAGCCAGUGCAAGUAAAUACUUCUUAAAUAAAAUCAAUGGAAUCAUC